GACGAGAGAGUUGCUAUUCAGCAACCACGCUUUAACUGCGAGAGUAAUGGAGAAGAAGGUGCUGUCGGCGAUUACGCUCCGCCUGUUCGCAAGAGGAUAAAGAAAUUCCACCGCGCUUCAACCCAUCAAGAUUCGCAGGAAGCUAGCAAGUUUUUCCCAUAAAUUCUCGAAGACCCUUUUCUCAUAUUGAGCUGCGAUGAUUGUUGCUUCAUUGUCAUCAGUGGAUGAGAGCCAAUGUGCAGGCAAUGAAGCAGAAACGAUAGAGAACUCGCAUGGGACUGAGUUAGUUGUUAAUAAUGAAGGACAUUCUGAGAGGGAACCGUUUGUGGGUAUGGAGUUCGAUUCAGAAGAGGCUGCCAAGGUAUUCUAUGAUGCAUAUGCCACAAAAAUGGGGUUUAUAAUGCGGGUUGAUGCUUUUAGACGAUCUAUGCGUGAUGGUAAUGUGGUUUGGCGUAGGCUUGUGUGUAAUAAGGAAGGCUUUCGCAAGUGUAGACCCAAGCGGAGUGAAAGCAGGAAACCAAGGGCAAUCACUAGGGAAGGAUGUAAGGCAAUGAUAGUUGUAAAAAAAGAGAAGACAUGCAAAUGGGUUGUUACAAAAUUCUUCAAGGAGCAUAAUCAUCCGCUGGUUGCUGCACCUGUUAAUACCCGUCGAAGUGCACAGCUAUCUCAAACCCCAGACGAGAAAGACGUGAAGAUUCGAGAAUUGACAGCUGAACUACAAAGAGAGCGACGAAGAUCUGCAGCUCUGCAAGAACAGCUCAAUAGCAUUCUGGAAGACAUGGAGGAGCACUCUAAACACUUGUCCAGAAACAUCACUAAUAUAGUUCAAAGCGUAAACGAAAUCGAGUCGAGGAGAAUAGUCUUCCCAAGCUGAUAGGCUGUAAACGAUAUUUUCUUUCUUGCUGAUGAUUUGCUUGAAACUCUUGUGUUCUCUGCUAUUCAGGGAAGCAUGGAGAUGCCAGGACACCUCCAUCGCCCCUAUGUUCCAAGAGAUCUUAAAUAGCCCGGCUGAUGGUUUGGUAUCCUCUACUUUUUUUUUGGGUAAAUGUAAUUUUCAUUAACUGAAGAAUAGUAGUACAACACAGUGUUUAUCAGUUGGUUUCUCCCGUUACAGACCACGGGAUACGCCAUAGUCUGUAUAAGGCACAUGUGCUAACUGAACAAGCUAAAUUAAUGCUAAGAAUCUUCUGCUUAA